AUGAAACUCACUAUUGUGACCACCGUCCUUCUUGGACUCUUGCUGACCCCGGCCCUUGCUGAUGAUUUACAGGGUGGAGCGCUAAGCAGGAAAAUCUCCAUUACUGGAGGCUACCAAAUUCUGACCAUCAAUAAGCAAUGGCACGUGGCAACUAUCGAGGAAAAGAGCAUCCACAGGUCAUCGAAAGUCAUUCUGAACUAUGAUAUGGGCUUUAUUGGAACCAAAGUGAUGCCAGAGAAAACCUGCUUCGUUUCCCUAAUGGACAAGAGGGAGAUACCCAGCCUUGAUGAACUUCCCAGGCUGGCUGAAGAGAACAACCAGUUGCAAAUUCAACAACAAGCUAUAAAGGAGCUCACAUACGUCGUCAAGAGACCCGUCCGUGACCUCAAGUCUUACGGACCAGACAUCUUCGCUAUGUGCAGAGGAAUCCGAACCUAUGUGGCUACUGAAGUUCACAGACCUGACUUUGUAGGUCAUCAGUCUUCAUGCGUUAAAGUUGAUGUCCUGCAACUUUUCGACCUUAAGUACUGUCAUGCCAAUAUCAAGUCCUGAAAACCCUGCCUUUCUGGAACCAAGUACGGAUGCUCGAUACCAACCCCGAUGCUGUCCUUCCCUGGCAUCUCCUCUUUGG